AUGGGUCAGGGUGACUGUGAGGCCAGGAGAAUGCGAUGCUACGGCCACAUCCUCAACCUGGUGGCACGAGCUCUCCUUUUUGGUGCUGAUCGCGAAAUCUUUGAGGCCGAGUCACUCUUCUACCAGACUGUCCAACAUGAGGAGGAAGAUCUAAGACUAUGGAGGAAGACUGGGCCUGUUGGCAAGCUUCGCAACAUCGUCAGGUUCAUCAGGGCUUCCCCUCAACGAUCUGAGCGAUUCAAGAAAGCAGCCCAAGAGGUUGAUGCUGGGUCAGAUUUCGAGCUAUUUACCCAGGGGUCUCGGGAGUCAAACCUCCUCCUCAACAACGAGACGAGAUGGAAUUCCACAUACCUCAUGAUCCAUCGAGCUCUUCAAAAGAGGGCAGAAAUGGAGACCUACGUCAACUGGGUCCAGGAGCAGGAUGACGCCCAUAAGAGAAUACCUGACGAUGACAUCCUUUCUUCAGAGGACUGGAAAGUCUUGGUUGAAGUUACGUCUAUCCUUGAGCCAUUCUACCUUCAGACGAAGAGGACGGAGGGAUGGGGUAGGGGGGAUGGGCAUGGUCGUCUCUGGGAGGUCAUGACUGGCAUGGAGUAUCUUCUUGAACAUCUUGAGGAUUGGAAGAAUCUGUAUAAUUCUGUUCUCUAUCCUGUUGCUUUUCAGCAGGAAGAAGAGUCUACGAUCGAGCUGGCUGCUGAGGAAGACUCCCAACCAUCACAGACUCGGCAUCGCUACUUCCGCAACAUGUAA